GUCAAUAGCUGAUGAUCAGGUAAAAAAAAUAGAGAAGGCUAGGAGAAAUACCGUCUUUUUUAAAACUCUAAAUAUUUACGACGUCAUGUCCCACAUAGACAAUGUCAUCAUACAGGUUAGAGCACGACUACAGCUGUUGGGCAUUAAAUUGUGGGAAGAACCAUAUUAUUUCUCAGAUAUUGGCAGCAUAGAAUCGGAAAUUGAUCUGCUCGCACAAGAUUUUAGCACGAAUUUGAGCCUCAGUAUAUCAAACUGCAAACUAGCGCUAACAGAGCUGCAAGAUGGUGCUUUACGAAAAUUGGCUGCACGAAAAGAGUUCAAUGAGACUGGACUCGCUACGUUCAGCGUUAGGCGCAUCAACAACCAAGAAGGUACGCAAAAUAUGCUCGAAGUUAAAUGCGAUUUGAAUGCGUUGGGCAAGGAAUUACAAAGUCGUAUUGCCGAAAAACUACAGUUGAAUGACCCAAAUCGUGUCAAAUGCAUAUCUGCCGGGAAAAUUAUUGAUCCAGAUAGAACACUCAAUGCGCAGAGUCUGAAAAAUAAUCAGCAGCUAAUGGUUAUUAUCAGUGAGAUCGAUCGUGAUGAAACAAAUUCCAAAGAUGCCAUGUAUGAUCGCAUACGAAAAAUUAAAAUGGAUGUCGAAGCAAUAGUAGACUCAAAGCGGCAGUUGUUUGAGAUGGAGGAUCAAGAUGGCAAUCCUGUGUUCCUACCUCCAAAUGAGAAUCGUGCACUUUUGAUGGCGAUGGGUUUCUGUGAAAAGGCGCGCGCCGCCAUCAAAAGACAACAUUACGACGAAGCAUUGAUUCUGCUGCUCGAAGCUGAUGAGAAAUUUACUACCUGCAAUUCUGGAUUUCUAGAGUCAGUAGACAACUAUGCCCUGGUAAAUCUCGAUAUUGUUUGGUGCUAUUUAUGCCUCAAGAACGUAACGCAAUUGCCCGAUGCUCAACGACGCUUGGAUAUUUGCGAGCAAAGUUUUCGUCGUAGCUACGGUGAGAAUAUGAAUCGCCUCAUUGCACUCAAAGGGAAUGCAUGUCCGGAGCGGGCACUUCUGAUGCGCCUCCACCUGCUGCAGGGUGUCGUACUUUUCCACCAGAAUCGACGUGAUGAGGCCUACGAACGGUUAGAGGUUGCUGGCCGUGAAUUGCGCGAAUUAAAAGUGGACGACAGCGCUGUUGAAACACUGGUUGAAAUGGGUUAUGAACCGUUUGAAGCGCGUUUGGGUUUGCGUGCGUGUAGUGGCAAUUUGGAGCAGGCUAUCAACUUUAUACAUGAUCGUAGGGAGAAGAAACGCGACGCGCGUGAACGUUCGCAUAAAGAGCGCAAAGUAAAUUCGAAGUUAACGCGGAAAAACAGCGACAAAGAUUGGGUGAACCCGCGCAGUGUCUGCACUCUAAUGGAAAUGGGAUUUUCACAUGAUCUUGUUGUUGCGGCGCUAAAAAAGUGUAAUAAUGAUCUGCAGCGAGCGCUGGAUUUGUUGCAAACCAAUAGUGACGAACUCUUGAAAAACUUGCCAAAGAAAGAAAAUGCGGAUACUGACUUAUUAGAACAGCUAAAACAACUUGGUUUUAACGAAGACAUGACACGCGUUGCUCUCGAAACAACCUCCAACGAUAUGGAGAAGGCGCUUGAUUUUCUUGUUAAAAUAUUUGGAAACGAAGAGGAGCUUGUGAAACAGAUGGAGCGCAUAUCUGAAGCAGCAAAAAUUGCCAUCGCCCGUGACGAUACGCCUUCCACAUCAAGCGGCAUUGGUUCGCUUGUGAAUACGGCUUUGGGAAAGGUGAAGAACGAAAUGGAAUCUCUCAAGGCAUACGAACGUUUCAAUGAGGAUAUCACAUCGAAUGAGCAGGACUACCUCGAUUUGCCUCUACUGCAGGAGGAGCAAAUUUUAGCGGAAUAUAAACGCUUUUUAGAACAAUGAUUAAUAAUUUUGCGAAUAUCGCUCAAUUUAUUCUAUGCGUAUAUAUUGAUUUAUAUGUGGGCGCUUUGUAUAUUUUACUAUAAGAAUAAUACAAUAAAUAUGACACACAUAUGUAUGUAUAACGACAACUGUAAUAUGAUGUUUAGUAAUAUUCAAAUAAAUGUUUGCUGUCUUCCUUUCAUUCAAGGCA